AUGUCGUUGUCGCACAGUCAAGACAGCUCCAACAGCGCGUUUUUAACAGCAGAAACGGAUUUUGGGCUGAAUAUGAUGAGACAAGCGCCUGCGACCGAACCUCUCGUUGUCUCUCCCAUUUCGGUGAUAUUCGCUCUCGGAAUGAUUCAGCUUGGAGCCAAAGGAAAAACGAAAACACAAAUUAACCAACUCAUUUCAAAAGAAUCAUCUGACAUUGACAUCAUCAACUACUAUUCGAACCUAUCGAGCCAAAUACAAAAUGCGACUAAUGGAGUGAGCACUAGGAUUGCUAAUGGUUUCUUCUUGAACAAGCAGUUCGCCAUCUCAGAUCAGUACAGAGGUGAUAUCGCGAAGAAAUAUGCAGCUCUUAUACAGUCUGUGGACUUCACAAAUCAGCAACAGGCAGCUGAGACAAUAAACACAUUUGUCAACGAAACAACGGCAGGAAAAAUAGAAGAAAUUGUGAAAGCAGAAGAAUUGAAAGAUCCGUUUUCUAUUAUUGUGAAUGCCAUAUAUUUCAACGCCGAAUGGGAAAUUAAGUUUGACAGUGACAGAAAUUCGCUUGGAACGUUCCACAGUACACCAGAAAAAGGAAGAGAGAUCACAUUUAUGAACGAUUUUGGAGUGUACAGACUCUAUACAGAAGACCAAGACGUGCAGGUGCUCUCGCUGUCGUACAAGGAUACUUCCUACGCUUUCAACAUCUUCCUGCCGAAGCAAAAAUAUAAUCUUGCAACGAUUCGGGAGAAUUUCAAAGGAGAAACAAUUCAAAAGUAUUUAUCGCAGUUGGAUACCACCAAGGUUUCGAUCACAAUACCGAAAAUAAAAAUUGAAACGAACUUCAAACUGAAGGAAGCCCUGGUCGCCAUGGGAGCGACGGAGAUGUUCACCAAGAACGCCGAUCUCAGCGGAAUUGUCAAAGCGCCACCACUUUAUGUUUCGAAAGCCGCUCACAAGGCAAUUAUUGAGGUUGACGAGGCUGGUACAACCGCUGCAGCUGCCACAAUGAUGGAGAUUAUGGCCGGCAGUGGAAUGGGCGAGCCAAAAAGCUUCGUAGCCGAUCAUCCAUUUAUGUUUGUUCUUACAAAAGACAGAAACCCAUUAUUCAUUGGACAAUUUGUAUAA